GAGACCGCGGAAUGACUCGGCGUCGCGCGCUGAUGACGUAAGUUGGGCCGGUGAAGCUGGAAUCAUGGCAGCGGUGGAUAUUCGAGAUAACCUCCUGGGAAUUUCUUGGGUCGACAGCGCUUGGAUUCCAAUAUUGAACAGUGGGAGUGUAUUGGACUAUUUCUCAGAGCGUAGUAAUCCGUUCUAUGACCGAACAUGCAACAACGAAAUGGUCAAGAUGCAAAGGCUAACUUUGGAUCACUUGAAUCAAAUGGUUGGAGUAGAGUAUAUCCUUCUCCAUGCACAAGAGCCUAUUCUUUUCAUAAUUCGUAAGCAACAAAGACAGAGUCCAACCCAAGUUAUUCCAUUGGCCGAUUACUACAUUAUUGCUGGAGUGAUUUAUCAGGCACCUGAUCUUGGAUCGGUUGUAAAUUCUAGAGCGCUAACUGCAGUACAUGGAAUCCAGUCAGCUUUUGAAGAAGCUAUGUCUUACUGCCGCUAUCAUCCCUCAAAAGGCUAUUGGUGGCAUUUCAAAGAUCAAGAAGAACGAGAUAAGGCUAAACCAAAAGCCAAGAAGAAGGAAGAACCCAGCUCCAUUUUCCAGAGACACCGUGUGGAUUCAUUGCUUCUAGAUCUCAGAAACAAAUUCCCUCCUAAAUUUGUGCAGCAAAAGCAAGGAGAAAAACCCAUCCCAGUGGAUCAAAUCAAGGAGCCAGAACCAGCCCCUGAAACAGUGAAACAAGAGGAGAAAGAAAGUGUCAAGACCACACAACAGAGCAGUAGUACUAAGGCACCACCAGAAAAAAGGAUGAGACUGCAGUGAAAGAAAGGACAUUAACUUAAUUUAGACAACUAGGGGCACAGAUAUGUUAUCUGUAGUGCCAUAUGGGGAGCUAUGACAUUUCAGCUUGAAUGCAUCAUGUUGUUUUCACCUCUGAAUUUUAAAGGCUUCCUUGCAAAGCUUUACGUACACAAGAAAGAAUGGAUUUCAGUCUUAAUGUUCAAAGCUGAAUCUUGUAUCUUUUGAAUUUGCUUUUGGAAACUUUUGAUAUUUUUUUAUCAUUCUUUUUCUGGAAGAAAUAUCUCUGCCUCCUAUAAAGCUAGGGAGUAGAAAACCUGAUGCCCUCCAGAGCUUUUUGGACUGCAGUUUUCCAUGUUUCACCUUGUCAAGUUAUGAUUUGCAAAAUGACAAAGAACAACAAACCAGCUAAUUUAUUGAUCAUAUUAUGAUCAUCAUAUGAAUAAGAUCAAUAUUGUCUGGAAUCCUGUGCAUCUUACAUCUAGUUAUGCCUUCAUAAUUAUGUCUCCCAGUUCUAUUCUCCAAAACUCAUAUUUCAAGUGUUGCAGCCUCUCCCCAAUAUAGCAGUGUCUUUAUCAUUUAAGAACGGGAGGAUCAACCGACACGCCCAACUGCUUUCCUGUAUCUGAAUACACUGCAACAGGGAUAGAGCGGGACCUCCAAAUGUCACUUUCACUACACAUCCCCUGAUCAUCAUAAAUUCUUCCAUGCCAUAGAAAUGGCUAUCUCACUUAAAAACUGGUUUUAAGGAGAUUUUUUCCCCCUCAGUUGUCCGUCUUGUAAAGAAUUCUGACCUAUAUAAUGAGCCAAAACGUGGGUUAUGGUAGUGUGUGUUUGACUUGGGCUAUUGUAACUCACUAGCUGGAUGCCUGCUCUUACAAUGUGGGACUUGUGAAGAAAUUAGUUGGCAGAAGAUUUUCACUAUGGGCCCUUCCAGACAGGCCCUAUAUCCCAGGAUCUGAUCAUGGGUUUUCUGUUUAUCCCAGAUUAUCUGGCAGUGGGGACUCAUAUAAUCCAGUUUAAAGCAGAAAACUUGGGAUCAGAUCCUGGGAUAUAGGCCCUGCCUGGAAGGGCCCUAAGAAAAUAUAUACUAUUUGCUUUAUUUAGUCAAUGUAUUCAGAAGUCUGGUGCAGGCUGAAUUUUCCCAUUUUCAACAUCUCCUUGACAUACAUCGAAAUGGAAAAUUGAGAUUCCUAUUGUGAUAAUUGUGCAAGAUUUAAGAACUGCUAAUUUCGCCAUAUAUGAUUAGUUAUUUAAUUUUAGUCCAUUUUUGAUGGGCUGGAAAAAAAGUGCUGUUUGUUUUAUUUGUGACAUGUAUCAAAAUACUGAGGAAUAGCAGUAGGUAGACACUGAAUUAGUUCAGUGAGAUUGCAAUAUACUGUGUAUAUAAAGAAUGCAUGAAAGUGGGACUUAUACGCAAGAGAUUUCAGCAUUUAUUUAACCCAGGAACCUGAAAACUUUAGAGUAGUGACUCUGGAAGAAAUACACUAUAAUUUUAUCAUGUAUUUUCGACUGCCCAGAUCAGUUUUCCCUCUGAUGAGAUUAUUUAUAUGUAGGGCAGUAUGUUUAAAUGUCUGAACCUUACUGGCAAUGAAGAAAUUAUAAUUUUAUCCUUUAUAAAAUAGUCAGUACCUACUUUGCAGUACUACCUGGCUUGAUUAUUAAACGGGUGUAAUACUAAAUCCCUUUUCAAAAUGUCCUGUGUUUAGAUGUUUACAUUGCAGGUUUUUUUACUCUUAAAUACUCAGCUGGAUUUUAGCUGCUUGUUUCCUUCUCUAUUCUAUUUCUGUAUUGUAUCAAUGCAAAACAAAAAUCCCAACUUCAAAACAAAAUAAAGUUUCAAUUUUGAAAACUA